GGAACAUACAUGUUUCAAAUCGAUGAUGAGCAUGUUAUAGAUACCACAAGGGCUGGAAUCAUUGCACAUUUAAUCAACCGUUUUUGUGAAUGGUGGCCAAACAACUAGCAAAAGAAGAUUUCUGCAAGAACUUUGAGAAGACUUUGGUGUAGAAGAAGAAGAAGAAGACUUUGUGAAGGAGCAUCACAACAAUGGCCGAUCCUGUAAUUGGUGCUACAGUUCAAGUUGUGCUUGAGAAGCUGCUUUCUCUCACUUUUGAGGAGGCUAAAAGUUUAAGGAACUGCAAGAAAAAUCUCAGAAUGCUGACAAAAUAUGUAUCCAUGAUCCAAGCUUUCAUUCAUGAUGCUGAAAGACGACAAGUUGACGAUCAGGCUGCGGAAGAAUGGCUCAAGAUGCUUGAGAGAGUUGCUGAGGAUGCUGAAAACGUGUUUGACGUAUACAGAUAUGAAUCUCUCAAAGCACAUGUGAUGAACAUUCGAACCAAACUAAUGGAAAAGGUCCGUAACUUUUAUUCUCAUACUGCUUUUAAGUACAAAAUGUCUCGAAAAAUCAACAAUAUCACGAAAGAGAUGAGGGCUAUCAAUCAGUUAGCCAACGACCUCGGUCUCCAAUCACCGAUGGUUCCUUCUCAGCAAAUACUACCAAUUCGAGAAACAGAUUCCUUCGUAGUUGCUUCAGAUGUUGUUGGUAGAGACAACGAUGUUGCUGAAAUUAAGGAGAAGAUGUUGAACAUGAGAGAGGAAGUUAUUAUGUCCACCAUUCCUCUAGUUGGUAUGGGGGGUUUAGGUAAAACAACUGUGGCUAAGAGAAUUUUCAAUGAUGAACAAAUCAAGCAAAACUUUGAAAAGAGGGUUUGGUUGUGUCUAGCUGAAAUGUCAGAAACGAAGAGCUUUCUUGAACUAAUCCUCGAAUCAUUGACAGAGAGGAAACUUGAGGUCCAAAGCAGGGAUAUAAUAGUCAAGAAGCUUCGAGAUGAAUUGGGAGGAAAAAGGUAUUUGCUUGUCUUAGAUGAUUUGUGGCGUGUUGACCCUACAUUGUGGCAUGAGUUCAUGGACACUUUGAAGGGAAUAAACACGUCAAGAGGAAACUGCAUUCUUGUGACUACACGUAUGAAACGAGUGGCAUCCACAGUAGCAUUAGAUCAUCAUAUGUUGGAAAGAUUAGCGAGAGAUCAUUGUUGGUGCAUUUUCAAACAAAGAGCAUUUGUUGAUGGGGAGGUUCCAGAAGAAAUGGUGAGCAUGGAAAACAGGAUUGUUGAAUUGUGUCAAGGUCUACCAUUGGCUGCAAGUGUGUUGGGAGGCCUCUUACGAUAUAAGGAAAUACAUGAAUGGCAAGCAAUUCUUGAUGGCAACCCCCUUGUUACUGGUGAAGCUGAUAACGGGGAAAAUAGCUUAAAGAAAAUCUAUAAAGAAAAUCCUAAAACUCAGCUAUGA